AAACUAAGCCACAAUUUUAGAAGCAAUGGCGAAAGAUCUCGGUGGGCCGAGAUAUGAUCCGAACACAGAGGCAUUCCAGUCUCGGGCUCAGUGGAAAAAAGUAGACAACUGUCGAAAACAGUGGAUUGAACGUUGGAGAUGGUUACUUGAUGAAAGAAAACAGGCGCAGAACGAAGCGGAUGCGAUUCGUCAGGAGGUUGCCGCUGUUUUGCCACAUGUCACGGGCAAAUUGGAAUCCACGAAAUCAUUGAAACCAGUGCCUAUCGUAUCGUCGGGCAUUAUCGGCUGGCUAGCUGCCAAACCUGAUUGCCAGUUAGAAAUUUACACGUCUUGGAUCUCGAAGAUUCCAUUGAAACUUCCAGAUGCUUGGGAUGACAAAAACUAUGUCUAAUAAAUGCAUUAAAACGAAGUUCAA